AUGGCGCUGUUAUUAAUUAAUCUUCAAUAUGACAAGGAUUAUGCCUCUUCGAAUGUAAACGAAAAUUUUAUACAAUAUAACAACGUGCCGAUAGGAUUCGAAGUGUACAAAGAACGGGUUUUCGUAACUGUUCCGAGGCGAAGAUUCGGUAUACCCUCGACUCUCAAUGUAGUUUCCAGGUCAUCUAGAAGUCCAGCACUAACUCCGUAUCCUGGUAGUGAAAACCUCGUUUCAGUUUAUCGGCCUAGAAUUGAUGUCUGUGGAAGAAUUUGGAUGGUGGACACUGGCCUAUUGGAAGUACCUGGUAACAGAAGUCAAAUCCAAAAACCGGCGAUAGUUAUUUAUGAUCUUAAGACUGAUGAGCUGUUAUUGACAUACGAACUGAAAGAUUCUGACCUCGUCAGUGACAGAUCUACUGGUGGACUAACAUCUAUUUCUGUGGAUGUGUCAAGGGAUGACUGUGAUGAUGCGUAUGCCUACAUCAAUGAUUUAGCUACUAACGGGAUUAUUGUAUUCUCCUUGAAGACCAGAAAUAGUUGGAGAGUCAGCCAUCCCAGCUUUGCAUAUGAUCAAACAGCUCUUAACUUUACUGUAGCUGGUUAUCCAAUAAAUUGGCAAGAUGGUAUAUUCAGUAUAGCUCUGUCAGAAGCAAGCGAUGAUGGAAAAGCUUAUUUCCAUCCACUGGCAUCUCUUCAGGAAUAUUCCAUAAGUAUACAAGACUUAAAGGAUGGAAAAGUGGAUAGUAUACAGCAUUUAGGCACAAGAGGUGAAAAUUCUCAAAGCGGUUCCCACGACUAUCAUGGAAAAACAAAAACGUUGUUUUUCGCCAACGUAGCGCAAGACGCCAUCUUGUGUUGGAAUGUGGAAAACAAAAUGGCGCCCGAGAAUAUCGGCAUCGCUGUACAAGAUCACAAAAAACUUGUAUAUAUUUCAGAUUUGAAAGUAAUCGGUGACGAGGUAUGGGUUCUUGUAAACCAAAUGCCUAGAUUUGUCUACUCCGUUCUCAAUACUGAUGAAAAUAAUUAUUUCAUAUUCAGAUCAAAAGUUGAGGACCUCAUCCGUAACACAGUGUGUGAGAAGAAAUAG